AUUUCAGCUUAAAAACAAUCCGGGUCAAAGUUCAAUUCGUUUGGCGGGUAAUUAAAAAUCAGUUUCAAAAAAGUCGGUGCUUCUUCCGCCUCUUCCUCAUUAAACGUCCAGAACCGUUUUGCUCAAAAUGCUCUCUUUGGAAGGAAAUCAGAGCAAAAGAGGGGAAAUUCAGGUGAUAAUUGGUCCCAAGUUGAGCGGAAAAACAACUGAACUGAAUCUUCGCAUUCAAAGGUACAAGAUUGCUCAAUAUCGCUGCUUUCUCAUAGAACAGGACUCGGAAAGACUGAUUGAUCAGACGAAAAGAAAACCACUGGAGACUUACUUGGAACUUGCUGAUCAAUACGACGUGAUUGGUAUUGACGAUGGACAUUGUUAUGACGCCGUUGCAUCUUUUUCCAAUGACUUGGCUGACAAAGGUAAAACUGUAAUCGUUGCCGGACGUGACUCUACCCACCUGAAGAAGGGUUACCCGGGUAUCUUAUCCUUAAUCUCACAUGCUGAAAGGGUAGACAAACUGUCUGCUGUCUGCGUUUAUUGCUCACAGAAUGCCUCUUUCACUCAUUUUCGGGACUCAGAAUCUCAGGUUCAAGAAGACCAUUCCGGCUUCUCCAAGCACUAUGAACCAGUGUGUCGAAGAUGUUUCAAGUUACCUCAUCAGUCUCUCACUUCAAGAUCUGCCAAAUCUCCACAUGAAUCUUUUACUCCAAGACGUCCAUUGAAAGAAAACUUCAAAGAGAAUGUCACACCACUUCUGGAACAUUCAACUGCAGAGAUACCAGUUGUUACUAAACCAUCACCUCUGGUACCUAAGGUUACUAAACCAUUGGAUCCAGCUCCUGUUCCUGCUCAAGACGAGACAUUUAGCCCACCACCAUUGGCUAACUUCAAAACUACUGUAAAUAGAAACAAAUUAUUCAGUAGUCCAUAAAUGACUGAAUAUUUUCGUUAAGGUAUCCCUUAAAUAUUUUCGCUAGGGUAUCCCCUGAAUAUUUUCAAUGGGGUAUACCCUGAAUAUUUUCCUGAUGAUGAUGGUAUCCCCUGAAUAUUUUUGUUAAGGUAUGCCCUGAAUAUUUUUCUUGCUAUUAUACUCCUAAUUUUAAACCAUUGCACCGUUCAACAUUUUCACACACACACACACACACACACAAAAUUGAUUAUAUUUAUGGAAGAAAAGAAAAUUCCUUGUAUCUUGGGAGGGUCAUUAUGGGAAUAAGAACCAUACAUUGGUUCUCUUUCAUUUCUGUUAUUAGUCAACCAAUUAACUAAAUGAUUGGUAACUAAUAUCCAUGUUUCACAACGACCGGGAGCUACCAUAUCUCUCUUGUAUUACUCUAUCCAGCUUCCAAAUUUGUCCCCAAAAUUAAUGAUUUUUUUUCAUUUUCCUUUAUUGUUAAAAGGGUAUUUUAUGUUGCAAGGGUUUCCAAAAAAAUCCAAGAUAAUCUAAUAUAGUACCCUAUAUUGCUAUAUAUCGGUCUGUCUAUCUAUCUAUAUAUACACACCCAGUUAAAUAUAUAUAUCGGUCUGUUUAUCUAUCUAUCUAUACACACACGCGCACCCAGUUAAAUAUGAUUUAGAUAGAAACGUAAAAUGCUAGGCAAAGCUUGUCCAUAGUUAUUGGCCACCUAAUGUCAUUGUACAGUGUAAAUAAAAAAUGUUCAUUCCA